CAAGAGGAGAUCUACACCUCUCCAGAGACCGUGUGACAGAAGCAAUGAGACCUGGAAUGGCCCAAAGCGAUUGUCUCUGCAUGGUUGCAGAAUACCACGUUUCUCUUGAGCCCAGCACUGCUUUGCUACCUUGCCUGGCGCAGCCUCACUGCAGCUCCAGCGCCCUUGUGAAUCAUUAACAGGCCAAGUCCAGCUGCUUCUCUCACGGCUGCUCCUUUCACACAAUUUUCUUUCCCAGCCCCAAAAUGUUUAAUUCGAGCAAGGCACAGACAAAAAAAGAGAGUCAAAAAGACUUUAUGUGAAUCUGCCAGCACGGUGAGCAGCCAGAACAAUGUGCCCUGUCUCUGCACACCCGGUGGGUAAGCUGGUCCUCCUUGUGAGAAAGGUUCCUGUUUGUCCUUUGCCCUGACAUUCCACAGACAUGCCUGUUCCUUCUUUCAUGGAGAACAGUUUCUCUGGGGCUUGUGGUGGGACUCAAUAUAAGAGCACCUCUCAGUCUCCAUCGUGAAUUUCCUGGCCCUUCUCCUUCACUAGCAGCAUUGGAUCGUUCAUGCCCCACAAGAAGCCACCUUUCCCAUGCUUUGUGCUUCAUGCAGGGUGGAGUUUUUUACUUUAAGGCUGGUCAGAGUAGGCGGGCACUACAGUCAGUCUUAGAGCUGUGACAUACAGAAAUGAAGGGGAUAGGAGGGAGCAGGCACAGGUGUAGGUAAGAGCGUACAGGUGUGUAUGAGAGCCGGGCAUGAAGGUAGACUGCUAGUAUGUGAACGUGCAGCUAUUCGGGUGGCUGCCUGGAGGAGCGUGUGCCACAGCAGUGUGGGUGUGUUAGGACAACUUUGCUUGAACCAGGUCUUGUAGCGCUUCAAGAGGACUUGUUAAGGUCCCUUGCAACCAUGAUGAAUUCUAGAAGGGUGCAGGUUCUCCUGAUUCUGGCAGUUUUGGCCUUCCUCCUGAUCCACUUGUACUUCCUACCCUGCAGCAACAAUGCCCCCAUGGAGGAAAAACCUUCUCCAGUCCACAUCCUCAUUCUUUCCUCCUGGCGGUCGGGAUCUUCCUUUACUGGACAAAUCUUCAGUCAGCAUCCCCGCGUCUUCUACCUGAUGGAGCCCGCGUGGCACGUGUGGGUUACGAUGUACCAGAACAGUGCCAAGGUCUUGCACAUGGCAGUGCGGGACCUGGUCAGGUCGGUCUUUCUGUGCGACAUGUCUGUGUUUGAUGCUUACAUGUCUAGCCAGAAGAAAAAGUCUGAUUUAUUUCAGUGGGAAACAAGCCGAGCCUUGUGCUCCCCCCCUGCCUGUGACUCGUUCAGUCGCAGUGACAUAAUCACUGCAGGCAACUGCCGAACCAUCUGUGGCAAGUACCCGUUCAGCAAGGUGGAGGAAGCCUGUAAAACUUACAGCCAUGUUGUUAUCAAGGAGGUUCGGUUCUUUGACCUGAAGGUCCUCUACCCACUUCUCACUGAUCCGUCCCUGAACCUCAAAAUCAUUCACUUGGUCCGUGAUCCUCGGGCUGUGUUCAAGUCCCGAGAGAACACAGUGGCAGACUUGAAACUUGACAGUAACAUUGUUGUGGGGUCCCAGAGGACAAAGGGAGAGAUGGGGCCCUACAACACAAUGCAAGCAAUCUGCAAAAGCCAUGUCGAGAUUUACAAGGCAGGCAGGCAUGCCAUUCCCAGCUUCCUGAAAGAUCGCUACCUGCUGGUUCGCUAUGAAGACAUUGUCAGAGACCCGCUAGCAAGGGCUGCCGAGAUGUACAGGUUUGCAGAACUCCAUUUCACACCAGCACUUCAGAAGUGGGUGCACAACAUCACUCAUGGGAAGGGGCAAGGAGCACAGGCCUUUGAUAUUGGGUCCAGAGAUGCGCUGAGAGUAUCACAGGCCUGGAGGGAGACCCUUCCCUUCCAGAAAAUAGAAAAAGUGCAAAAUGUGUGCAAGGAUGCGAUGGAGUUGCUAGGCUACCGGCUCAUUCGGUCCGAAGAAGAGCAAAAAAAUAUGUUGCUGGAUCUCUUGUUUGCCCACAACUCCUCUGAGUAACCAAUUCUGAAGGCAGAAAAACUGUUCUCUGCACCUGCUCUCUGAAGGCUGCAGAGUGGAGAACUCUUUACUAGAGAGAAAGAGGACAGAGGUGCAUGCAUGGGGGUGCUGUGCAAGGACAAAUAACACAGGAACCCCAGCUGCACCAACAAGUGCUUUCUCAGCAGCACACUCACUCUGCCAGGCCCCUGCAGGCUCAGCCACAAGGGAGGCUGAAGUGAUGCAAGUCACUUAAUUUUCCAAAUUAAGUCCAUGGAUUAUGUGAAAGAGGAAGAAGUUGGAGACUGGAGCAAACAAUGCCAAAGGAGGGGGAGCAGAGAGCAGAGCUCAAGCCCCUCAUAGGCCACAGCUAAAUAUUAGUUGAAACCACAUGGAGCAAUUGCACUGCAAAGGAGGAGGAGAGAGAUAUAAAUGGAAGUGGAAUAAAGAUAACAUUAUUUGUCUUGCUGGAUGUUACUAGGAUACUUAAUGCCAGAAGAGAUACAAGGAUGACUAGACAUUGGUUUCUGGAAAGAUCCUUUAUUCAGAAUGGUUGAGUUUUCAAGCCCAGCUUUUCUUUUGCUCCAUUCCAGUGCCUGGGCAUCCAGCUUUGGUGGCAAUGUUGGUGAAAUGUUUGUGUUCACUUACUAUAUAAUGGGAAAAUGGAAUAAACCAGCUAUAAUUGAAAAUAAGAAUUCCUGGGUUUGUAUAUGGGGAUUCACUUAUUUUUCAGCUGAAAUAAUUUUGUCUUCUAGCUUUGAAAACCAAGAAUACUUCUUCCCUGGGAGUUCUUACAGUCCGCAUGUGUGACUGAGAAGAAUUUAUGCUAAGGUUGGGAUUGUAAAGACAAGGUAAGGACACAGGUUCCCUGAGUAUAGAUACUGGAACUGGGAAGAAGGUUUUUUGGGAGUGGACUGAAGAAGUUGAGAGGAGACGAGGAAGUUACUCUGUUGAAUUAUUUGGUGAGAGCAUUUCCUGUCUUAGAGCACAACAAAAUUAUGUUUAAUAGACUAUGCCAUCCUCCACCAUCACCACUGCAGAUGCCAUUCUCCCACCUCCAAUGGGAACAUGUAGCUCAAACCUGAACAACCGAAUUACUUUUACCUGUUCUUAAGUGUUCCACAAGACAGAGAAAAGCUUGUUACCAGACCUGGGGAGUGAAAUGCCUACAAACACCUCCUUCUAAACAUCCUCUUUUGUGUGUAAAUCGCAGAGUCCCUUUAACAUUUGUCUAUUUAACAGUGCAUUCAGAGAUUGCCCCAGAGCUGGGAUCAGAAGCAUUAACGAGGGAUGAGGCUCAAUUCUGAGGGUGUGCAUCCUCGGGAGAAAGCGGUCAAGGCAAGGCUGGACACUGGAGGUGAUCUGAGGAGGCUCCGGGCAGGAUCAGGGUGUUCAGGGCCAUGGGAAGCUGUGUUCCCCUUCCCUCCCCACCAGCACCCCUGGCCCCUGGGUCACUGCUCCUCUUCCCUGCCUGCAGCCCCUUGCCCCAGGGCCCUGUUCACUUUGCCAGUCAGCCACCCUCCCCUUGCUAGUGAAGCCCUGGCAAGGAGCGCUCAUCUUAAACCUGCCAGAAGGGCAUUUGGUGCCCGCUAGAGAAAAAAGUGACGGUGUCUACCUGGAGGACUAGACCUCAUUUGCAUGUUAUUCAAGAGUUGCAAGACCUUCUUAAAAAGAGAAACACCAACUGCUGCAUUUUAAAACUGGGGAUAUAGUGACUGUGUUCACAUUUGAAGAUGUACAGGCAAGAAACAUGUACAGCGUCUGGCCUCUACCUGCUGUGUGUAUUUGAAGGGUGGCUGAGAAGGGUUCACCUUAACUGCACAGCCAUCUCUAAUGGCUGGAAGGAGGCUCUUCUGACAAAAUCACAGCAGCUGGGCUGGUUGGGCAGUUUUGUACCAGAGAAUUAACAAGGGCUUUGUUAUGUGGGGAUCCUGCUGGGGAAAGUAACCUUCCAGACACUGAGCAGUUAUGUUGGUUGGCAAGAGAAAGUAGCUGCUAGCUAAAGCAUGGACCUGUGGAAUGAACCAAAGACCCACCCCCAGUUAAACAGUCAGCUCUGAGACCACAAAGAGGAGCAGCCUAGAGAAGUGGGAGAGCUCCUCAGCCCAGAACAGCUGUGUAGACACCUUCACUGGGGUAGGCAUCAGCACUCCAGAUCCUGUGUGUCCCUUUAGGGUAAGAGAUUAUCCUGCAGCAGUUAGGACAAGAGUUGUAGGAUGAACUGUGCAAUAGCGAGCAGUGAGCAGCAGAGGUUAGUUGCCCAGCAAGGCAGCUCUAGAAGCAGAACUGGCCAGCAGUGGGAAAGAUGGUAUGGGCAGGAGGAAGGAGCCUUCCUUUCAAUUUUUGUUACGCUCAGUAUUAUUAUUGUUAAUUAUUUAGGUUUCACAGGCCGGUGUUUUGUUGCAGCAUUUCUAUUAUCCAUGAAAUUAUAUUUCUUCAAGUGCCCACGUGUACACUUGUGCCUUGUAAGGGGUGGCCCGUAGCUUGUUACCCAGUUCGCAGGGUUUUCCUGGUUUCUGGGUGCAGGACUAGACGAAUGUCCGUGUUUCUGAAGGAGCCCUUUGAAACUGAGUCCAGACAUCUCUUACCACUGAACAGGGCUUAGCAUGUUGAAUUAUUCAGAUGUUCUGCGAAGUCUGUACACCAUUUCUCCUAUAGCUGCUAGCGAUUUCCUUCAGCACGAAGUCAGUCUCUAUCCAAAUUUCACUUUCAGUCAUGGUUUUCUUUUGGACGAAGCAAUUGGCACUGAUCACCAAAACUAAAAACAUAUAAAAGCAGCUGUGGGUGAUUACAGGAUGUUUCCUUCUCAGGGGCAUGGUUUCUCCCUGGAGACCACUAAGACAGGGCUCCUUUAAGUAUGAAUCCUAUUUUUUAAAACAAAGCUGUUACUCUUAGUGGUUGCAAAGACUCCAGGUGCUAUUCCCAUAAUCUUUCCAGAGUCUGAAUUUCCAUUUAAUCAUUUGUAAAACUGAAAUAAUAGUGACUCCAUUCAGAAGAGGCAGAUCUCAGUCUUGUAUUGUGUAAGUAAGUGUUUGAAGUAGAUUCAUAGAGGAGACAUCAGAAACUGUAUCCAGCAUUUAGGCUGUAGUGACAUUUACAGACCGCCUGCUACCAUAGCACUGUGGAUAUCUAUAUUCCUAGAGCUAAAACCCUAAUCCCUGCAAAGGGUGGGAUGUUGUAUAGUAUGGAAAUCAUAGUCUUACUACUAGGGAACCUGUUGCAUGGCAAAAUCCACGCUGAGUGGCCAGUGCUCCAUGCUAGGAGGCACCGGCAUCAUGAUAGUACCCCACUGAAAGAAUGUUAAUCUUCCGUUACAUAGUGUUUAUGCAAAUUUAGGGCAGGCUGGCAUAGAGAAGCAGGACUCGUACUGCACCAGAGCAGCACACAGCCACCAUGUUUCUUUUCAAGUCCCCUUAAAAUGGACCUUAACUCAACAUGCUCCACUAAAAGCAUGGCAUCUCAGAAGUCUGCUCUUAAUGAAGUCACAGUACAGAGCUUCCUACUUCAAGCACCAAGAAGCCUGUUUCUGAGCAAAAGUAGACUCUUUUCAGUACAUAACUAAUUAUAUCUCUACAUUAACCACUUUCAGCUUCAGUGGCAUCAUUUUUAUUAUGGAUACUUGUUUUCAGUGGACUCAGUCAAUUCCUUGUAUCAAAUAUUUAGCUGGACAAAAACCUUCAGUGUUUCCAGUCAGCCAGUAAACAAAUGACAUUAAGAAUAACAUCUGAUGUAUUUUCCUAUUGUACUCUUUCAAAAAUCACUUUAACUUCUGCUUCCUAAGCUUAGUCAGAGGAAAAAUCAGGAUUGUUGAUUUCAGUAUAUCUUUACUACACUCCUUUAGCCAUGUUUCCUCAAUACCAUUGGUAAGACUUUCUUCUGGAAGCACCAAAGCCACACAGUGUGGUCACAUGAAUAUUUAAAGUUGCCUUCAUGCAAGCAAAGAUGACUUAAAGUACUUUGUGGAGUAGGAAAAGAAACAACAAAAAAAUACCCAGACUUUCAAGAUGGUGAGCAUGACAUUUAAAACUAUGGCUACUUCCUUUCACACAAGUAUAAAACUGAAGAUAGUGGAAGUCUGUUUAGAAACGAAUGUCACCUUUGCAUUGUGCAAGUUCAGAAAAGUAAACUGCUUUUAUACCACUGAAGUGUAAGAUGGAGAGGUCACCAACUCUUUGGUAUUCCUGUCUGUUGCUCUUCAACCUGGUGCAUGCAAUUGGUUCUUCACUGGUAACUUAGUUAUGAAAGGCCAGAAUUCAUAAUUUUUGAUGAAUGCUGGCCAACUCUAGAAGGAAGCAAAUGGGAAACACCCAAAUUCCAGAUAAUAGUUUGCAGACCCAGUAUUUCUGCCUCUGGAAUUGUCUUUCACUCAAGGUUUUGGCAUGCACGUUGCCACUCACCCUUCCAGGUUUACAAUAUUGCUGCUCCAGGCAGUAACACAAAGAAACUUGGAGCUACAAAAAGAGCAUUCCUGACAGUGCAGGGACCCAAUAUGAACAUGGAAAGCCAAACUGUCUCCAGCAUACUGGAAGGAAGGUAAGAUAAAGCAGAGAAAACAAGGACUUUCUACCGUGGGAGAAGGCAGAACCAUACGAUAUAGUGACAUCUCCAGGUCCUGUCAAUGGGAAGCUGGACUGAAGAGACCUAUACCCAUGUGCCUGCACAUGCAAGAGUGCAUCUGUGGAUAAGCAAUGGCUUUCAGGCGUUCAGAACAGACACAAGAAGGCUACCUUUAGUGAGCUGUACUCUUUGUGUCUUCGUUCCUGCGCAUACCGAGUGCUCCAAGUGCAUAUGGAAA